GCCCAAAGUGGCAACUAGCCAGUUGACAUGUCACACAAGUAAUGUUCUGUAAUGCUAACUUGUCUGCAGCUCGGCGGUGAGUUGUCACAAAAGUGGCUAGAAAUCCGAACGAGACAUUUUCACUGCAGAAAUCACGUACAACUGGCUUCUGUCGCGACUGCGACAAAUCGGCUCGACGUUCCACAUAUUUUCUUUUCGAAAACAAGUGAUUUGGUGUCUUUAGCUGGCUAGCUGGGAAGCUCCAGAGAAGUCACGUCAGAGCUUGUUUUACAGCCAUGUCUACGGCCGGAGACUUUGGAAACCCACUAAGAAAAUUUAAAUUGGUCUUCCUCGGGGAACAAAGCGUGGGCAAGACCUCGCUGAUCACCAGGUUCAUGUACGACAGCUUCGACAAUACUUACCAAGCCACAAUAGGAAUCGACUUCUUGUCGAAAACCAUGUACCUCGAGGACAGAACAAUCAGAUUGCAGUUGUGGGACACAGCAGGCCAAGAGCGAUUUCGUAGCCUCAUCCCAAGUUACAUCAGAGACUCUGCCGCUGCUGUCGUAGUGUACGACAUCACAAACGUGAACUCCUUCCAGCAAACCACAAAAUGGAUUGAUGACGUGAGAACGGAGCGAGGGAGUGAUGUCAUCAUCAUGUUGGUGGGAAACAAGACAGAUCUUGCAGACAAAAGGCAAGUAUCUAUUGAGGAGGGAGAGCGGAAAGCCAAAGAACUAAAUGUAAUGUUUAUUGAGACUAGUGCGAAAGCCGGCUACAAUGUCAAGCAGCUUUUCCGUCGCGUGGCAGCCGCCCUCCCUGGAAUGGACACGGCUCAGGACAAAAAUAGAGAGGACAUGAUCGACAUCAAGCUGGAAAAGCUGCCAGAGCAGCCUGCCAGCGAAAGCGGUUGUGCUUGCUAGUUUGCCCCCAUGUCACUGGGAAAAGGUUCUCUUAUUGGGCUUGUUUGUCUGUAUUUGUACCCUUCACUACAACACUACACCCCCCCAACCCAACCCAACCCAAAGGAAAAGGGAGACCUUCGCUCUCGCCCGGCGGCCAUUAAAGUCUUCGAUCAAUAUUUGCACUGCUGCACUCGAACACGAAAACGAUAUUCACAGCUCCAACAUCUUCGCCGAGCUCCGCUGUUUGUUCGUUCAGAUGGAGAUAGUGGCGGACUGAAGCAGUAAUUUGUGUAAACAUUACUUUUGCAUCCAAAACAACAAAUGUGUUUAAUGGCACCAAAUGGAGUUAUUAGCAUGUUAAAUAAAUAAAGAGCACUGCAUUAACAGUAUCAAGUACAACGUGGAUCUGUUUACAUUACCAUGCAAGGCUUCUUUUCGAGUUUGUGUUCUGGAUAAAGUACCCUUGUGUAAGGUGGAAAUGGUCGCGCUAAAAGCAUACAGGCAUUAUCAGGGCGAGAGUUCGGUGUCGGCACAGACUGAAAGUCACAAACGGGCGUGAUGUCACAACAACCUUUAGUGGCAAGGUCACCCAUCCUGAUAUUUUCCAGCAUGUCCUGAAAUUCUCCAAAUGGAUAAGAACAUGACGCCCACACAGGGCUGACACCUUUUCUUUCUUUUUUUUUUUUUUUUACCCUCACACAUAGUCCUAUUUGAAUUUGCUUUUUUUUCUACCCUUUUUAUUUGGAUAGUUUGUAUUUGGGGUUUUUUUCACAUGAGAGUAUCAUACAGUUUGCGAAAGGUUUUCUCAUAUAUACAGAGUUAUUAUAAAAAAAAAACUUGUAAAAAUUACAAAUGGAGAUGGAAUGUGAGCAUUUUAACAUAAAAUGAGGGCUUCCUUUCUAGUUUGAUUGUAGUCAAAAGCUUCAUUUUGGAUUUUUUUUUUAUUGUGGUGUUGAUCUUUUUGUUAGUGAUUUAUCUACAAUGACUUGUAUUUAUUUCUAAUGUAAUCAUUUUUCUGUUUUGUUAUUUUAAUUUCUUCCGUCUUGAUAUGACUUUUGAAUUGCUAAUAAAAAUAUCCAUAUAUCUACAUCACCAUUAGAUGAAAACGUCUGUUAAGCACGUUCCAUCUACCACACUGCUAAAUCAUGCAAUUUGUACUUUGACAUUUUAGCUUGUGUUAACAUCUAGAUUCUAGAGGAAUAUAGUUGCUCUGGAAUUGAUUUCAAAGGAAAAAAUAAAAUGACCUUGUUACUGCUGCAA